AUCACUGUAUAUUUCCGCGUUGAAUUGGGUCUUAUAUACACGAGAGACGUGCAUAAAGAGACCCAGCGGUCGCGACGCGGGAUUAGCACUCAAGAGGACCAAAGAGACACACGACUCGGCCUUAAGGAAUCAUGGCGCCAGACAAGCAUUAUAUAGCAAAUAUUUCAACAAUUACAGACUCGAAAAAGCCAUCUGCAGAAACGAAUUCCGCCGCCACGACCAGGAAGGCGUCGUCCUACAAGUUCCUGUGUGUAGCCGUCACAGCGUUCCUCCUUCUGGCAGUGCUAGGGGGCGUUCUGCUAACGGUUUCCCUAACCACGCCUGCCCGGGACUGGCUCCACGCGGCAAAUGUGAAGAAAUGUACUCUAAGAUAUAAAGGGCAAGGAAUGGAGGAGAAACAAGAUAUUCAGAUCAAUUUAGUGGACGGCUGGGAAGCCAUUCAUACUCUAGGAAUUGACGAGAGAACGGAGGCGUUCAUUCUCCAUGACUUUAAAGCGAGGAAGACGGUGGUUCGUUUUGCUGACGAGAACAAAUGCCUUUUGCGAGACAUGGCGCUGAGCAUGGACGAGUCAACCUUGCGGGAAGCGGAAAAAAUUAGCGAGAGUGCAGAUAAGAUCGAUUACGUUACACAAACCAACCAGGAGUAUUUCAGAGUUGGAAAAAGAUCAGAAAACCAGGGCAAUCUCAGCUCCGCUAUUUCAGAGUUUUGCGGGGAUUAUGAAGUGCGAACAUUAGAAAAGGUUCCAGGGGAUGGAGUCGAUAGCUUAGUUGCCCACCGUCAGCGCCGUAUGGCUGAGGGCUGCUUUACACAAAGUGCCUGCAAGAGGAAAGAAACUUGCAGCAUCAGGACGGAAAAAUACUGCAAGAGAACCGUGCCACUCAAUCAAAUAGUUGGGAACCGCAGAAGAAAUGGCGGCAGACCUGGAGGUCGGGGUCAAGGUCGCAGGCAAGGUGGAGGUCGUGUUCUAGGUGGAGGUCGCAGGCAAGGCCAAGGUCAGGGUCGUGGGAGAGGAAGGGGUGCCGGUAGGCAAGAUAGAGGGAUCGGCAGAAAGGUACUUGUGCCGGUAUAUAGACGUCCGUAUGUGGUAAGAGGAAAACGCCAAGCCGUCGAGCUGCCGUGUGCGUUGUACGAUUUCCACGACGUGAAAGACUGCAUCACAGUGGAGGAGUGCGAAGAGAUUUGUACUUGAGACGGGAUACACUCAAGUAUCUAAAGUAAUUGGCCAAAUUUACAACCAUUUGAGCCGGGGACUAAUAGAUCCGUGAAAGUUAUACUUGAAAGUUAUCUGCAUCACCCCCUAACAGACAGUAAAUAGAUUUCCUGCUGUGAUAACGAGGCAAGAUGACAAAUGGGUCAGCCAUAUUGAUACACGUAUCAGUUAGUCCGCGGAUCAACUUUGGUUGUGAAUGCAGCAUUAUAGUCGUAAAAAAGCUUGUUUGCCUUCUCAUAUAAAAAAAUUAAAAUUACCUUACAUCACUCUGCAGACACAUUUAGACUUCAAAUAUAAUAAUUUCUGCUUCAUCUUUUUAUUGAAUGACGUCGGUGCUGUUGCUCACAGUAAUGACAAUAUGGACCAAAGAAACAAACACGACGAUAAGCAGUUAGUAUGUGGACAUCAAGACGUCUUGUAUAAAAUGACGUCAUUUGUAGCACUGAUGCCACAUUGAGGCACAAAGCGCAACGUUCUAUGAAAUAUUAUAAACUCUGGUACACAGGAGCUGUAUUCUCAAACGCUUGCAAGUCAUCAUGUCUCUUUAUUUCAAAAAACUGAUUUCUCUAAAAAGUAAUCGUUAACAAUUCCGACUGACGAGAGAUGAAAGCGAAUUUGUAUUUUGAAUAAAAUAUUGUUACUAUAUAUGUGUAAUAAAUUUAUUGGGAGGAAGAGGGCUCUUGAGCUGGCCGCGUAAUUGUCGGAAGAGCUAAUUAACCAAGCCCUCUUAUCCCGUGGUUAUAGUCACGUGACAUUGGCCAUCGAAAAGGCCAGCUGUGGAAUAGCCAGAACGAACACUUCGCAAUCUUGUAUGAGCAGCAAUAACAACAGCGUUUAAAAUAAGUACUUCCAAACAUGUUGUAAGCGCAAGCAAGCAGAGCUGGUAAGUACAAUUAACAUCCGACCCCCAACUCCUCCUACAAAUCACUGGACGGCGUUUUCCUUAUGCCCACCUGUGCCACGUGUAAACAUUACAUUGUAUCAGUUACCGACACGGCGUUUUUUUUAUGCCAUAGUUAUCAUCAGCUUAUUUUCUAGAAUGAUGUGUUUUUUCUUCAGUCAACAGCUAAAAUUGAAAUAACUUUUACCUCCAAUAUU